AUGCCUUCUAUCAGUGCACCUAAGAUUUUCAAUGAAUAUACUGAAGACCGAGUAUCAAUUCCACCAAAUCAAAUCAAAAAUAUCGCUAUCAUUGGUGGUGGUGCAUCGGGAGCUGUUGCACUUGAUUCACUCUUGAAAGAACAACAUUUUGACUCAAUUACUUUGUUUGAGAGAAGAGAUAAGUUGGGUGGUGUUUGGUGUCUUGAUGAAAAAACAAUUGAGACCCCCAAUAAUAUUUUAAAAGCUGGUUAUACUCAUGUUAAGACUGAUCCUCAAUUGAGAAAUCCUUUUCAUGAGUCAACUAAUGAAUUAAUAUCGGAAAUCGUUUUACCAAAAACUUCUCAAGAAAGAUUCGAAGAGACUCCUUCUUAUCAAGGUAUCAAGACUAAUAUCAUUGAAAAAAUGAUGACUUAUAGCGAUGUCAAUUCCUGGAAUACUGGUGAUACAAAUCCUGAAGCUUCUAAAUACGUUAAUGGCUUGGUGGUUCAGCAAUACAUUGAUGACUACAUAAAGAGAAAUGCAUCUGAUUCUACCGUUGAUAUUCAAUUUAAUACUACAGUCGAAGACGUUGAACGUAUCACAAAAAAUUGCAAUGAUGGAAACCAAAUCCCUUAUCAAUUUAAACUUACUAUAAGAAAAAAUAUUAGUGACAAUGAAGAUUUAUGGUUUCAGCAAACUUUUGAUUCGAUAGUUAUUUCAAUCGGUCAUUAUCACGUUCCUUUCAUACCUAAAGUUGAUAAUUUAGAUCAAGUUCAAUCAAAAUUUCCUUCUGUUGUUCAACAUGCGAAGUUUUAUCGGAACCCAACUCCUUAUUCUGGUAAGAAAGUUAUAGUGGUUGGAUCAAGAGCUUCAGGUGCUGAUUUAUCAAAAUUCAUUGCUGAUACAGCCACUGAAGUAUACCAAUCGAUUAGAAAUCUAGCAACCGGAGCCAAAAAAUUAUCUCGUAAACCAAAUGUUCAUUAUAAACCGAUUAUUAGAAACUAUCAAAUCAUAGAUGAUCAAAAUUUCAAGGUAAUUUUUGAUGAUGAUUCAGAAGUCUUGAAUCCUGAUCAUAUCAUCUAUUGUACCGGAUAUCAAUUUAGCUUUCCAUUUUUGAAUCGGUUAUUUGAAAAAGACCAAGUCGAUUUAACUAAAGAAGGUAUAAUAAUACCUAACCUUUAUCAACAUACUUUCCUAAUCCAUGAACCUUUGAUUAACUUUAUCGGAGUACCAAUCGAUGGCGUUUCUUUUAGAGUUUUCGAGUAUCAAGCAGUUUUACUAUCACGAUUUUUGACGUCAAAAAUUUCUUUACCAAGUAGAAAAGAUCAAAAGCAAUGGAUCUUAGAAAGAUUGAAAUCAAAAGGUAUUACAAGAGCUUAUCAUACUAUUGGUGUAGACGAUGCUUUCGUUUAUCUCAAUGGAUUAGUUGAUUUAGGUGAAAUAAAAAAUCCAUCCUUAAUUACUGGUAGACAUUUCCCAUCCUUGACUCAAGACGAUUUGGCAAUUUAUAGAGCUGCUGGUGAAAAACUAAGAGAGUUUUGGGAUGAACGCUAA